AUACAAGUCUUUUUUUAUAAUAAAAACUGGCCUGAACGCCAGUACUCCUAUAUAUUAAAGAUAAUUCUCACCAGAGAAACGAAAACGCUUCCCGUGUUGGCCACUCCACUGGCGAUCAUCAACGCACAGAAGAAUUCUCCUCGUUUUCUUUCCAUCUUUUCUCUUAUUCCAUUCCUACCGCAUUCCAUAUAGUACAAUUUCUUUUUAUCAAUUUUUCAUCGAAACUGAAAUCAAAACAUAAACCCACUCCCAUUCUUAAUUAAAACAGGCUCUCUUACCUCACAUCAACACAUAACCUAAAAUUCUGUCUCCUCUUUUAUUGUUUGUUUGUUUUUGCGAUUCUCAAACAUCAUGGCGGCUGAGAAACAGGUCAUUGUCGUCGUCGAAAGUACAGCCGCUAUGGGUCCUUACUGGGACACCCUUCAUAUGGAUUAUCUAGAUAAAAUUGUCAGGAGCAUUAGUGGGAAUGAAUCAACUGGGCAGAAGCCUUCUGUUUCCAAUGUUGAGUUUGCCCUAGUCACCUAUAAUACUCAUGGGUGUUAUUCUGGUAUCCUUGUGCAACGCUCUGGUUGGACGCGAGACCCUGAUGUUUUCUUACAGUGGCUAUCAUCUAUACCCUUUUCUGGUGGUGGUUUUAAUGACGCAGCAAUUGCUGAAGGGCUUGCUGAAGCUCUGAUGAUGUUCCCCCCUUCUCAAAGUGGAGGCCCAAAUCAGCAGAAUGUGGAUAUGCACAUGCAUUGUAUCCUUGUGGCAGCCAGUAAUCCUUACCCGUUGCAGACACCCGUAUAUGUUCCGCAACUGCAGAGCGUAGAGCAGAGUGAAUCUAUUGACUCAGACCCAGGGAACCAGCUAUAUGAUGCUGAAGCUGUUGCUAAAGCGUUUCCGCAGUUUUCUAUUUCUCUAUCGAUCAUCUGCCCAAAACAACUUCCGAAAGUUAAAGCCAUUUACAGUGCGGGAAAACGAAAUAAUAGAGCUGCUGAUCCACCCGUUGAUGCUAAAACCACUCAUUUCCUUGUUUUAAUAUCAGAAGGUUUCAGGGAAGCCCGUGGUGCCUUGAGUCGUUCUGGAGCAAACUUGCCUUCAAAUCAAAGUCCUGUGAAAGUAGAUUCUGCAUCUACAAUACCAGUUACGGGGGCACCCCCAACUACAUUACCAUCAGUGAAUGGAUCUAUUGCAAACCGACAACCAAUACCUGCUGGGACUGUAACUCCUGCUACUGUUAAAGUGGAACCAGUUCCCGUAACUUCCAUGGUAACUGGGUCAGCUUUUCAUCAUAAUUCGUCAGUUGCACGUCCUACUAGUACUGUUCAAGGAGUUCCAAGCUUGCAGACAUCUUCUCCGUCUUCUGUUUCUCAAGAUAUUAUGACGAGUAAUGAAAAUGCACAGGAUACAAAGCCAAUAGUGUCAAUGUUGCAGCCGCGUCCUGUGAAUCAAGCUCAAGCAAAUGUGAACAUUUUGAAUAAUCUCUCUCAAGCACGGCAGGUAAUGAACUCUGCUGCUUUAAGUGGCGGAACUUCUAUGGGACUUCCAUCAAUGGGUCAGACUCCUGUUGCCAUUCACAUGUCAAACAUGAUAUCUAGUGGGACGACAUCUUCUGGACCUGCAGGUCAAAAUGUAUUUUCAUCUGGACCGCCAGCAAUAACUAGUUCUGGAUCUCUUACUGCUUCUGCACAGGUCGGACAAAACUCAGGUCUUGCUUCAUUACCAUCAGCCACUUCUAAUUUGUCUUCAAGUCCAAACAAUGGGAUUUCACAACCAUCAACUAAUCUUCAAGGAGCGGUUAGUAUGGGACAACAGGUUCCCGGUAUGAACCCAGGAAACCUUUCAGGGGCCCAAAUGGCACAAGGCGGAGUUAACAUGAGCCAAAAUGUAAUGAAUGGCCUUGGUCAAUCAGGUGUCUCUUCUGGAGCUGGCGCAAUGGUCCCUACUCCAGGAAUGACUCAACAAGUACAAUCAGGCAUGCCAUCACUUGCAAAUAAUGCAGCUACUGCUAAUAUGCCUUUGUCACAACAGACAGCUUCUGCACAAUCCAAAUAUAUAAGGGUCUGGGAGGGAAGCUUAUCGGGACAAAGGCAAGGACAGCCAGUAUUUAUCACGAAACUCGAAGGUUACAGGAGUUCUUCUGCCUCGGAGACACUUGCAGCAAACUGGCCUCCUGUGAUGCAAAUAGUUCGGCUUAUCUCUCAGGAUCACAUGAAUAACAAGUAUGUCCUUAUUUUAAUUUGUAUUCUUUUAACAUAUAUUGGUGUCUUAUGUUCUGUAGAUGUGCUAAUUUUAUAUGCUGCGACUAGGCAAUAUGUUGGAAAGGCAGAUUUCCUAGUUUUUCGCGCAAUGAACCCUCAUGGAUUUCUGGGUCAGCUCCAAGAAAAGAAGCUGUGUGCAGUUAUUCAAUUGCCAUCACAGACAUUGCUACUAUCUGUUUCUGACAAGGCCUGCCGCUUGAUCGGGAUGCUUUUUCCUGGGGAUAUGGUUGUAUUUAAGCCACAAUUAUCCAGUCAGCAGCAGCAACAAAUGCAACAGCAACAAAUGCAACAACAACAACACCAGCAGAUGCAGUCCCAACAGCAGCAUCUUCCACAAAUGCAGCAGCAGCAGCUUCCUCAUAUGCAGCAGCAGUUACAACAACAACAGCAGCAGCAGCUUUCCCAGCUUCAACAGCAGCAACUCCCUCAACUUCAACAACAACAGCUUUCACAAAUGCAGCAGCAGCAACAACAGCUUCCACAAUUACAGCAACUGCAGCAUCAACAACUUCCUCAGCAGCAGCAGCAGCAGAUGGUUGGGAAUGGAAUGGGUCAAACUUAUGUUCAAGGUCCUGGCCGCUCACAAAUGGUUUCACAGGGACAAGUUUCAUCACAAGGAGCUACAAACAUUGGUGGAGGGAAUUUCAUGAGUUAGCUCAUUUUCUGAUACCGUUUCCCCAAGACCGACACAACACAAGUCAUGUUUUGGGGAUUCUAUUUGUUUUAUUAAACUUGUAUUUCUAGGUUACUAGCAUGCAAUUGCAAGUACUUAGCUCAUAAUUUAUGGGAGACAGUGAUAGGGGUAUAUGGUCGUUCCAUUUCUUUAAUCAUUGAGCUACUAAAAACUGAUAGGUUGUAUAUAUUGAGAGCAUACUAUAAAGUCAUUGGGUUUAUGACGGAUA